UCGACCACUUCGCGCUCCCAUUGUUGACUGCCCCGCGCGGAGGGGCCGGAGCUUGCCCAACCUCUCAGCACCCUCCCGUAACGCCCGCCGGCUUCUUGCUGCGCGCUUGGGAAGACAUCUACUGCUGGCUCGGACCAUGGAGCCGUCUUCGAAGCGGAGGCGGCUGGCCCCAAAGGUGCCCGAUCUUCCGCCAACACCUCAGGCGCAAGCUCAGCUUCCACCGCCCCACGCUUUCCCGCCGGACCAGGUGCCGCCGCAACACUACCCGCACGCCGAGCCGGCCCCGCGACUUCCCGAGCGCGACGAGUUCGAGGCCUUCGCCCGCCAUCUCCAAGAUGCUGCCAUCCACAUCCAGCAGCAGACCCUACGGCCCAAGCACACCAGCGUUUCCGUGUUGAUGUUGCGCUGGGAAGAGGACACCUCGGUCGAGCAGGAUCUCCUCGCCCUCGAAAAAGUGUUCCGUGAGCGAUACCACUAUCACACCGUCAAGUGGGCGAUCCCGACGGUCCCGAAUCCCAGCACCAAGCUCGGCAUUCAGAUCGCUUCGUUCCUCGACAAUGCCCGACCAGACCACCUGCUGAUCAUCUACUAUGCCGGUCACGGCUAUGUCGGCCCGGACAAUCAGCUGUACUGGGCAUGCAAUCCGCGCGAAAACGCGGCCAAGCUGAAGUGGGACGGCGUACGCUGCUUGCUUGAAGAUGCCCAGUCCGAGAUACUGCUUCUGAUCGACUCGUGCGCAGUCCGCGAUGCGCCUCUGGCCGGGAGCCAUGGCGCGAAGCAAGCGAUCGCUGCUUAUACACCCGACCAGGCCUCGCUGGAACCCGGGCCGCGGUCCUUUACCGCCACCUUGGCCGAGACACUCCAGAACCUGAGCGCGCCAUGCCAGCCUUUUAGCGCGCAGAAGCUCUAUGACCAUCUACGGCAGCAGAAACAGCAAGAGAGCGCGCAGGCGGUCGGUAGGCUAGCCAACGGGCCUGCCAAGCCAGUUGCAGUCGCCGAGAGAUCGCCAGCAUUUUUUACCUUGACUCCUGCAAAAGGUCACGGGAUUGUUUUGGUUCCCCUAGAUCCAAAAGCAGCCCAGCUCCAGUCGCCGCCCGACUCGGCUGACGACGCCGACGCGCAGAAUGCCUGGAAGCUCAAACCCGAAGACCGGCCUUUCAGCCCAGAAGAAGUCCUUGACCUGGUUCUGGAUGAGCAGAGGGUCCUGGUGUGCACCACCUUCGUCGGCGAUGCCAGCCCCGACAUGGCUUUCUUCAACCAGUGGCUCCACAACAUGCCGCCUACCGCGUCGAAGAUCACGGUCGAGGGAAUGUUCCUCGGUCCUCCCACCAUGCUGCUGAUCUCUAUGCCGCUCAACGUUUGGAACAUUGUCCAGCACGACAAGGUCUGCUGCUUUCUCGGGCACAUCAGCUCUCACAACAUGAUCCAUCUUUACCAACGGCUCGUCAACACGCGAGGCAACGGGUUACCAGGUGCCAUGAAAUCCACCGAGGAUGCCCGGGCCGUGAAUCAUAGCUCAUCCGCCGUUCGUGGCGCAGAAACUCCGGGCCGCUAUCCUCCUUCCCUCCACAAGGAAACUCCUCGGCCCCAGGGGAACCACAUCGCCCAUGCCGCGGCAGCGAACGUUCCCGCGCCGCUCUCUCAGGCGAGCCCGGGAAAGAUCCCCUCCGUUGAUCCGAAGGAUGAGGCGGAAGACUCGGUAGAGAUGCAAGAAGCGGCAGAGCAGUUGAAAGCGUUAAGCCAUGUGCGACACAUCGGCGACAGCACGCCGGCAACACUCGAACGCCAGCCGACAGGGGUAGCCGAUAGCAUCGCUGUUAGGCAUGCCGGCGAUUUCGGCUCACCGUCCGACGCGGCUCUGUACGACGCCGAAUUCAGCACUCCCUCUGCGAAGCCGAGGGCGAGGAAACCGCUUCAGAAGCACACCCCGAGGCAAGAAGUGCGGUGCGACCAUUGCAGUCAUGCCCCUUUCAAGGACUCCUCGUCUCUCCGUAAGCACAUCGCGGCUGCGCAUACGAGGCCCUUCCCCUGCGCCUUUUCGUUUGCCGGCUGCACCAGCACCUUCGGGUCCAAGAACGAGUGGAAGCGACACAUUUCUUCGCAGCACCUAUGCCUGCAGUACUACCGCUGCUCGUCGUGCCCGCAGAGCGCCGCGGACGGCAAGGGCAACGAAUUCAACCGCAAGGACCUGUUCACGCAGCAUCUCAGGCGCAUGCAUGCGCCGUUUGCCAUCAAAAAGGCAACGGCCAAGGGCGACAGCAAACUGCAGGCGGAAUGGGACGCGCAUGUCAAGGACAUGCAAACGUCCUGUCUCGUCACCAGGAGACAGCCGCCUCAGCGCUCGGCUUGUCCGAAGCCGGAUUGCCAGAGCGUCUUCGAGGGACCUGGGUCGUGGGAUGAGUGGACGGAGCAUGUUGGGCGCCACAUGGAGAAGGGCGAGGCCGGCCGGAUGGGCGUCGACCCUCUGCUGGCGGAGUGGGCGCUCGACGAAGGCAUCGUUGAGAAAGUCGGCGAGGGCGAGUAUAGACUCUGCCCCGGGAACGGGCCAGGCGGGAGCGAACGGGAGUCGAACGGUCUCUCCAAGGCCCUGUCUGACGGCGGGAAGAAGCCGGAAGAGGACGAUGACCCUUCCAUCACAGUUGCGAUGCCGACGCCGGUCGCCGACAAUAUGGAUGUGGAUUGACCUGGUGGGAAUGGACCUUGUCAGCUUUCAGUUCAGCAUAUGGAUGUCACGACAUGAUUUUACGACCGCAUCUGGGUAAGGCUGGCAUUUGGGAUGGCGUACAAGCGUCGGGCUGGAUUGGAG